CCCAAAACGGUCCUCCAUCCUUCCUCAGCCCCGCCCUUUCCCUCGGUGCCGUUAGGCUCAGGCUGCCAGGGAUUGUGCUAGAUAUCCCCGGAGGAUGUGAUUGGAGCGGGACGGGCUGUGUUGUGUGCGUGGAAUGUAGAGCUCCAUAAGACUGACAGUGGGCGGAGGACACGCGUGGCGAGAAAUUCUGAUGUAUGAAGAAUCCAACACUAACUUGGAAAAAUGAGCUUGACAUCAUGGUUUUUGGUGAGCAGCGGAGGCACAAGACACAGACUGCCAAGAGAAAUGAUUUUCGUUGGAAGAGAUGACUGUGAGCUCAUGUUGCAGUCAAGAAGUGUGGACAAGCAACAUGCCGUUAUCAAUUAUGAAGCCUCCGCAGAUGAGCAUUUAGUGAAGGAUCUGGGCAGUCUUAAUGGGACAUUUGUGAAUGAUGUCCGGAUUCCUGAACAGACUUAUAUUACACUGAAGCUGGAAGAUAAAUUGAGAUUUGGCUAUGAUACUAAUCUUUUUACUGUAGUGCGUGAGGAAAUGAAGGUUCCUGAAGAAGCUCUUAAGCAUGAAAAGUUUACAAGUCAACUCCAGUUGUCUCAGAAGCGAAUCGAAACUGAAUUAUCGAAAUGCAAGAGCGCAGACAUAAAGACAAACGUGCCUAUAGAUGUUCAUCACAAAGCUUUGGAGACAUUGAAGUCAGAUGAAAAGCUUGCAGCGGCAGACCUUUCUUCGGUGCACCGUGGAACACCAUUGUAUGGGCAGCCAUCUUGGUGGGGGGAUGAAGAUGCUGCGGGAAACCCAAAUAACCAGGAAGGCAAACCUAAUGAUGCUGGUGCAACAGGUUGCUGCAAAGAUGCUAAGAAAAGUGCUCAGCAAGUGACCACAUUGAAAGAAGAAAAUGCAAAUUCUUUUAUCAGAGAGCCAAGUUACUUUGAGAUCCCUUCUAAAGAACUCCAGCAGCAGAAAUCAGAUGGAGAAAAUGCCACAUAUGAAAUGCCAUCACAGGAUCCUCACUGUUCUCAAGUGUCAGGGGCAGGCCAUGCUUCAUUUACCAUUGAGUUUGAUGAGACUUCUCCAGGUAAAGUAACCAUUAAAGACCAUAUAACCAAAUUUAUGGACCAUCGUCAAAAAUCAAAGAAGACUCUGUCUGCUGGAGAUAAGGACCUUGCUGGGCUACAUACAGAGAUGAUUGCAGCAGAAAGUAAAGUAGCUGAUUGGUUGGCACAAAAUAACCCACCAAGACUGUUAAAAGAAGCAGCAGAUGAAGAUAGUAAAAGUAUUAAAAGUGAUGUACCGGUGUACUUGAAGAGGUUGCAAGGCAACAAACACGAGGAUGGAACUCAGAGUGACUAUGAAAAUAGUGCAACAUUAAAGCAUUUAAACAAGUGUGCCAAGUUAAAAGAUUAUGAGAGACGGGGUCUUAUAGAGCAGAAAAGGCUGGAGCAGAAGGCUCAGACCGGAGGGAAGCAGCAGGAAACCGCAAGUCAGACUGCUUUUUUGAUCGAGUUUAUUGACGAAGACCACCCGCGAAAAAGACGUUCUUAUUCUUUCUCUAUGAACACCAGCACUGCCGGCCCAGAAGCUCCAUAUCCAAUCCCACAGUCAAGGAUAGAUAAAGUCAAAGCCUCAUCUGUUGAUCCUAAAGGGCUGUGUUUGGGUUUACAGUCUGUUGCCUCAUCUCAUAGAGUCAUUCAUAGCACACAACAUGCAAAACUGCUGCUUAAACAGAAAUCUGAAGAGCCUUGCACGUCUUUAUUAGUUUCACAAAAUGUUUUAUUGAGGAGCUCUGGAAGCCUUGGACAUCGACAAGCUAGUAAGCGGAUUACAUCUGACAGUGUGGAAUUGCCUUCCUUGGAGACGGAUCACAGGAGCAGUCAUCUUGCUGAAAAGGCAAAUAGCAAGGAGGAUGCUGAAGGACCAUGUGUGACGGAUGUGACUUCAUCAGGUAAAAAACGUUGGGUAUCACAAUGGGCCAGUCUGGCUUCUAAUCAUGUGGGACAAGAUAAUGGACAGAGCGAAUCCAAUAUUUCACCUCCUGCUGAAAAUGAUGCAGAUCUGAGUGAAUCUGGAAUGUCACUUAAGAGUAAUGGAUCUGCUGCCUCAGUGACUUGUGCAAGUGAUCGUAAAAGGAGAAGUUUACCAAAGCUUCCAAGAGAGGAAACCAGCUCCCACGUUUCUACAAAUAAGCAAACACUAAGGUCAGAUGUUGGGGAAAAACAAGAUACAGAGUUACAAGAGAAAGAAUCACAUAUUCGUUCAGGUAAGAAAGACAAGCUGUAUGUUUCCAAUGGGAAAGCUAGAACUAAGCAAGAUAAACCUAUGGAAACUUCAAUGGACAAAACUGGAACCCUCACGGACUAUUCUUCCUUGGGGUUUGAUGCUAAGAAAGAUGCCUUACUCGCUGCACGGAAGCAAGCGGUAUAUAAAGCCCACCUUGAGCAGGCUAAAGAUCUGUUGAGUUCUCCAAAGUUGUUCAACAAGCCACCAGUUAUCCAACCAAGUGGUUCAUCCUCUCCGAAUGCCCACAAGCUACUGCAGGCUGCUGAAACCUCUCAGAAGAAGGCUGGUCAGAAAAGUGAAGUUGUUUCAAACAGUAAUAGUGUGAAAAGUGUUGAAACUGAUAGAAAAGAAAACUUCAAGCCACUUGUGAGACAAGGCAGUUUUACUAUAGAUAAGCCUAGCUCAAAUGUACCUAUAGAACUUAUUCCGCACAUUAAUAAGCAGCCUACACUAUCACCUACCUUUCCCUUUACAUCUAUGAACACUGUAAGAGGCAGAAGUGACUCUGUAGACACUGACUCCAGCAUGGAUACUACUCUGUUGCUCAAGGAUACAGAAGCAGUCAUGGCUUUUCUUGAAGCAAAGCUUAGGGAUGAUGGCAAAAUUGAUGAUGAUCCAAAAACUCCUAGCUAUACCCAAGAAAAUUCUAUAUCCCCUGAAUCAGAUGUUGAUACUGCAAGCACUAUUAGUUAUAUUGCGAAUGACACUGAUAGAAAGUGUCAGCAGAAACGAAAAACCCUUAGCAGUCUGCACAAGGACAAAUCCUCAACAUCAUCUCCUUCUAAAGAACCACUCAGUUCAUCAGUUUCCAUAACUCGUGAAAGAACAGAAAGAAAAAGUAAAACUCACGUUAGGGAGGCUGGAAGCAGAAGUGAUAUUCAAAAAGUUCUUCGAAAUAGUGCAAGAAACAGACAACCAUCCCUUGACUUGACGGACGAUGAUCAAACCUCUAGUUUACCUUGUUCUACUGUAUCAGACAUUUUAUCUUCUGAUCAAGAAACCUAUUCCGGAAGGUCACACUCUAAAUCUCAGUUUGCCUCUGUAGAUGACAAGUUUACUGCAAUAAAAACUGCUGCGGCUAACAAGCCAGUUACUCUUCCUAGACCUCGUCCAACAAGGACUUCACUUUUGCGAAGGUCACGCUUAGGUGAAACUUCAGACACGGAGAUUGGAGAUACUGAUAGAGCAUCAGUAGCCUCCGAAGUAUCGACAACAAGUUCAACAUCAAAGCAAUCUGCUAGUAGGAAACCAUUUUCAAGAAUAGAUUUGCUUGCACAGCCUCGUAGAACAAGGCUUGGUUCUUUAUCUGCACGCAGUGACUCAGAAGCAACAAUAACGAGAGGUUCUGGAUCUUCACGAGCUUCAGAAUAUGCACUUAAAAGUGGUUCUAAAAUGACUCCAACAACCGAUGGGAAAAGUUCUCCAAGAGCCAGAGCUAACAGCAUUUCUCGCCUAUCGGAUGCCAAAACAAAAGUGGUUCCAUCUGCUCAUGGCUCUCUUGCUGUAGGUAAUACACGAUGGAGACGAGUUCCUCCAGAGUAUGCAUCCACUUCUGAAGACGAAUUUGGAUCUAACCGCAUUGCUGCUAAACCCACUCGGCUACGUACUUCUUCAGCGGUUAAAGUCCAGAAGUCACAAGUUAGUGGAAGCAGCCCAGUUAAAACGCCUUCAGCAGCUCUCAACAUUGGUUCAUUCAAACAUAAGGCAAAAGAACAAGAUGAUUAUAUUCGUGACUGGACUGCACAUCGCGAGGAAAUAGCAAGGAUCAGCCAAGAUUUGGCACUCAUUGCUCGGGAAAUUAAUGAUGUUGCUGGGGAAAUAGAUUCAGUGACUUCAUCUGGCACAGCACCUAGUACCACAGUAAGCACUGCAGCCACCACUCCUGGUUCUGCAAUAGACACUCGGGAAGAGGUAGGAAGUCUACAUGAAGAUGUACAGCUAGUGGACCGUGUAUUUGAUGAAAGCCUUAACUUCCGAAAGAUUCCUCCAUCAAAUUCAUCCAGAUCAGAAGCAAGCUUGCGAGCAAGUGAAGCCAAAGCCCAGCCUAAAGAGAUCUCGGAACCUCCACUUAUCACUAGAAGAAAAACAUGGAGUAGAGAUGAAGUAAUGGGAGAUAGUUUACUGCUUUCUUCUGUGUUCCAAUUCUCUCGAAAAAUUAGACAGACGAUUGAUAAAACGGCUAAUAAAAUAAGAAUUUUAUUUAAGGACAAAGAAAGAAACUGGGAUGAAAUUGAGAAGAAGUUGAGAUCAGAAAGUGAAAUACCAAUUCUGAAAACUUCAUGUGUGGAAAUCUUAUCAAUAUUGCAAGAGCUGAAGAGAAUUGAAAACCAGUUACAAGUGAUUAAUGCAAUGGUAGAUCCAGAUGGCACUCUUGACGCCCUAAACAUGUUGGGAUUUGGAAGCCCAUUUCCUUCAUCGCAUUCAAACUCAAAACAUCAUAGUUCCUUAGUACACUCCAUCAGUUCUUCAUCAUCGGUUCUUUCCCAGACAGAGAGCAGGAGCAGUCGGUCAAAUGUGAAAGCAACAUCAUUAGACGCAGAAAGAGUUCAAUCCAUCGCUGAUUUUAGCCUGCAAUUUAAUAGGUUCAAUCCUGAUGGAAAGGAAGAUUCCACGUCUCAAGAAUAAGAUUUAUAGUGAAAAUUCAAACAAUGUGUUCCGUUUUUUUGUGUACACGGCUUAUGUUGAUCUACAAAACACUUCUAAAUAACAAAAACAUUUUCCUUAA